AUGGUCACGAAGGAGGUACCUAAUGCUGGCAAAAAGAAUUGCACGAAGAGGAUUGAACUGUCAAUACAGAGACCGUAUUUGGACUCAGCAUUCGUUGGGAGUCAGGGUUUUACCACAGCACAGAAAUGGAGGCGCCUCGGACGCAGGGGCCGAAAAGGAAGCGCCAACCUGCAGCGUCGCAGCGAGACCAGGCACGGGCGGAAGGCGAGCCGCCAUCUCCAGGGCGCCCCGGCCAAGCGGCGGAACGGGGGGGGGGCUGCGUCUGCCCGCCGGCAGCUGCAAGCUGUGUCCCGGGUCUUGGCUUUGCGCUGGGGCUUGCCGGAAAUUCUUUCUGGAGUUGUGGUCAUAACGAGUAAAGACACAGUCCAGCACCAAGGUAUCUCAUUAACAAUGGAAGGAUCAGUAAAUCUGCAGCUUAGUGCCAAAAGCGUGGGUGUAUUUGAAGCUUUCUAUAACUCUGUCAAGCCUAUUCAAAUUAUUAACAGCACUAUUGAAAUGGUAAAACCAGGAAAACUGCCCAGUGGCAAGACAGAAAUUCCUUUUGAGUUUCCCUUGCAUAUGAAAGGCAACAAAGUUCUAUAUGAGACAUAUCAUGGCGUCUUUGUUAAUAUUCAGUAUACCCUGCGGUGUGAUAUGCGACGUUCUCUGUUGGCAAAAGACCUGACUAAAACUUGUGAAUUCAUUGUCCACUCACUGUCACAGAAAGGGAAGCUGAUGCCAAGCCCAGUAGACUUUACAAUUACCCCUGAAACCUUGCAGAAUGUUAAAGAGAGAGCCUCACUUCCAAAAUUUCUCAUCAGAGGUCAUCUCAGUUCUACAAACUGUAUCAUCACACAGCCACUAACAGGGGAACUGGUAGUGGAGAAUGCAGAAGCUGCAGUCAAAAGUAUUGAGCUGCAGUUAGUACGUGUGGAAACCUGUGGAUGUGCAGAGGGUUAUGCCAGAGAUGCCACAGAGAUUCAGAAUAUUCAGAUUGCUGAUGGGGAUGUCUGCAGGGGCCUACCAAUUCCCAUAUACAUGGUGUUUCCCAGGUUGUUCACCUGCCCUACCCUGGAAACAACAAACUUCAAAGUUGAGUUUGAAGUUAACAUUGUUGUCCUUCUGCAUGAUGAUCAUCUCAUCACAGAAAACUUCCCCCUGAAGCUCUGCAGAAUGUAAAUAGCCAGAGGAGGACUACCUAAGGAUUUACCAAAAAAAGAAAAAAUUCUUCAGAGACAAACUGAAUACUGUCCAUGGAUUAGUUUAACUGAAAAUACAUCACUUCUUCCUUUCUGCUGGUAGUUCUCAUGAAUUCAGUCCUCUGUAAAGCUUCCUGAACACUGAGCCUGUCUUCUAAUGAUAUCCUAAGUGGACGUAUCCCUCUGGCCAACCUUGUCAGGUAUCUUUCUGAAUUCAACAGCCACGUUUCCCCACUUUUUCUCAGACAAAUCCUGAAGGAAUGAUUUUGGAUAUUUCUGCAACUUGCGCAAUGUAGUAAGUUUCUUUGGAACAAGCACUGCUUCAUGAAAUACACAAAGUUCUUUAAAGACUUCUUAAACCUGUUAUAUACUAUGUAUAUUAUAUAUGGGAGGUAUUGGACUUGUGAUAUAAUGCUGAAUGGAAUGUUCUAAAAUAUAAUAAAAUGGUGCUAUAAAAAUGUAA